AUGGAAAUUCCCUUGAAAUUGAGCAUUUUGGACCAGAGCCCUGCUGCUGAAGGAGAAACUGCCGCCCAGGCUCUCCAGCACACCAUUGAGUUGGCCCAACACGCCGAGGCGUGGGGCUAUCAUCGUUUCUGGGUCGCCGAACACCAUAACUCCAGACGGAACAUGGGGUCCUCACCCGAAGUGCUUAUUUCCCACCUGCUGGCGCGCACCGACUCCAUACGUAUCGGGUCGGGCGGCGUUAUGCUCCAGCACUACAGCCCUUACAAAGUUGCCGAGAACUUUAACGUUCUGGCUUCGCUGGCUCCUGGUCGGGUGGAUCUGGGAAUAGGGAGAGGACCUGGCGGGCUGCCCCGUUCCACCCAGGCUCUGCGUACCCAGCCUGGUGACGUGCCCAACAGCAAAUCACUGGAUGAAAAGCUCAAAGAGUUAAGGCAAUUCCUUAACUGCGACGCCAACGGCAACUCACUUUCCAGCGGAUUAAUUGCAACGCCUUUGCCACCGCAACCGGCGGAUGUUUUUCUCCUGGGGACUACCGCAGCCAGCGCGGAGGUGGCUGCCGAUCAAAGACUGCCCUAUGUUUUUGCCAUGUUCCUUAAUGGAGACGAGGCCGAAAUGCGUAAGGCCAUUGAAAUUUAUCACAGCCGCUCUUGUCCCAACCCUGAGUUCCAGCCUCGGGCCAUGCUUGCCCUGCCGAUUAUCGUGGCCGACACCGAUCAGGAAGCCUCCGGUUACGCCGAGAACAUCAACGUGGUGAGAGUCCGGCUGGCAAGCGGGCGCACCUUUACCGUAUUCUCCGAGGAAGGGGCCAGGGAGUUUGGGCGCCAGUCCGGAGAAGACUAUACCUUCCAGGUCCAGCCGGCUAACGUCAUCCACGGGUCGGCAGAGGCGGUCAAGUAUCGACUGAUUCAGGUGAGUGAAGAAUAUCGGGUGGAAGAGAUAUUCGCUGUAACCGCCAUCGAUAGUUUCCAGAAGCGCUUGCAUUCUUAUGAAUUGCUUGGCGAAGCCAUGAUAACCAGGGCGUAA